AUGGACAGUCCUGUCGCAGCAAAUGUUUUUGGAACGUUGGGAGCUGUGCUUUGGUCGCUUCAGCUAUUACCUCAAAUCUGGAAGAAUUGGCGGCGCCAUGAUAGUGAAUCUCUAUCUGCCAUGUUCUUCUUAUCAUGGGCCAUUGCCGGAGUACCCCUCGGUGUCUACAAUAUUGUCGACGACUUCAACAUCGCAUUACAGGUUCAGCCUAAUAUCCUUAUCCUUCUAAGCCUCUUCACCUGGUCUCAAUGCAAGUAUUAUGGAGACCAUUGGAACUUGGUGAAGAUCGCUGCUUGGUUUGUUGCUAUGGCUUUGGUGCUUGGUGGUGUUGAGACUGGCCUAGUCUUUGCGCUCAGGGUGGCGGAUACACGUGGGCUCAAAUGGCCGUCGACCUUGAUGGCGGUCCUUGCCGCCGUGCUUUUGGCAGGAGGAGUCCUUCGCCAUUAUGUCGACAUGUUCAAAACGCGCUCAGAUGCUGGACUGUCGCUCAAGUUUGCGUUUUUGGAUGCUAGCGGAGAUGUAGCAUCGAUUUUGUCCGUGGUGUUUCAACCACAGCUCAGCAUCCUUGGACUGGUCAUCUACGGCUCAGAGUUGGUGAUCUGGCUAGGCUUGAUUUUUGUGGUAAUCUAUUUUCGGAUGGCAAAUCGGAAGACUUCGAGGGAGAAAGACAACACAACCGGAGUAUAG